GGUGGGGGGCGGCGGGCCGCGGCGCGGGCCUGGGGCCCGGCGCUUGCGGCUGGGAGGCGCUGUGGGGCACGGGAGCGCGCGCGGCGGCCGGGGCCAUGGCCGAGGGCGGCGGGGGCGCGCGGAAAAGGGCUCCGGCGCUGCUCGAGGCGGCCCGCGCGCGCUACGAGAGCCUGCACAUCUCGGACGACGUGUUCGGCGAGUCGGGCCCGGACAGCGGCGGGAACCCCUUCUACAGCACCUCGGCCGCCUCUCGCUCCUCGUCGGCCGCUUCGUCCGAAGACGAGCGCGAGCGCUCGGGUCCCCCGCGGGCCGCCGCGGCCGCCCAGCCCCCGCCCCGCGCCGCCGACGCUGCGGAGCUGGAGGAGGAAGAAGCAGGUGCGGGAUGGAGCGCCAAGCUGUGGGACCGCCCGUCCCCACGCUUCGAGGACACCGGAGGUCCAACAAGAAAGAUGCCCCCCAGUGCCAGUGCCAUGGACUUCUUCCAGCUUUUUGUCCCUGACAACGUCCUCAAGAACAUGGUGGUACAGACAAACAUGUAUGCCAAGAAGUUCCAGGAUCGGUUUGGGAGCGACAGCACCUGGGUGGAGGUGACGCUCAUGGAGAUGAAGGCGUUUCUGGGCUACAUGAUCUCCACCAGCAUAUCCCACUGCGAGUCAGUCCUCAGCAUCUGGAGCAGUGGCUUCUACAGUAACAGGAGUCUUGCCCUUGUUAUGAGCCAGGCCCGCUUUGAGAAGAUUCUCAAAUACUUCCACAUUGUGGCUUUCCGCUCCAGCCAGACCACACAUGGGCUCUACAAGGUCCAGCCCUUUCUUGAUUCUCUGCAAAGCAGCUUUGACUCAGCCUUCAGGCCUUCCCAAACCCAGGUGCUACAUGAACCCUUGAUUGACGAGGACCCUGUGUUCAUUGCUACAUGCACGGAGCGGGAACUGCGAAAGAGGAAAAAGCGGAAAUUCAGUCUCUGGGUUAGGCAGUGUUCUUCCACUGGCUUCAUCAUCCAGAUUUAUGUCCACCUGAAGGAAGGCGGGGGCCCAGAUGGACUGGACACACUGAAGAACAAACCACAGCUGCACAGCAUGGUGGCCCGGAACCUUUGCAGGAAUGCGACAGGCAAGAACUACAUCAUCUUCACCGGACCAAGCAUCACCAGCCUGACACUGUUUGAGGAGUUUGAAAAGCAAGGGAUUUACUGCUGCGGACUGCUCAGCUCCAGGAAGAGUGACUGCACUGGCCUGCCACUGUCCAUGCUCACGAACUCCACCACUACCCCUGUCAGGGGCCAGCACUGGAUCAAAAUGAAGGGGAAUAUGUCUCUGAUCUGCUGGUACAACAAAGGGCACUUCCGUUUCUUGACCAAUGCCUACUCUCCCAUGCAGCAAGGAGUCAUCAUCAAGAGGAAGAACUUGGAGAUCCCCUGUCCUUUGGCUGUGGAGGCGUUUGCUGCACACCUUAGCUACAUCUGCAGAUAUGAUGACAAAUAUAGCAAGUAUUUCAUUUCUCAUAAACCAAACAAAACCUGGCAACAGGUAUUCUGGUUUGCCAUCAGCAUCGCCAUCAAUAAUGCCUAUAUCCUGUACAAAAUGUCAGACGCCUACCAUGUGAAGAGGUACAGUCGGGCACAGUUUGGUGAGAGACUCGUGAGGGAGCUUCUGGGCCUGGAGGACACCUCUCCAACCCACUGAUGCUGCAGCCUCAGGAACCCAGGCUUCAGAGAGGACCAGGCUGAAGGACGGCUGAGAAGAGGAGAGGCUCCCAUCUGAUUUGUCAGCCAGAGAUCUGGAGAUGUCAGGGAUAUGCACAGCCUGUGGGGGGAAGGAGGACUGGCCAGGGCAUGACCGUCAUCCUUAUAUCGAUGCAAAGAAGAGACAGAGGAGCAUGUCCUCCCUCUGAGAAGAAGCCACCCCCGUGCUUUCUGUAGACGUUAUUGCCAGCCAGUUCUGUGAGCCCCCCCACCCCGAAGGCAUUUGCAGAGGUUCCCCAUGGAGCUCAGUUCCCAGCACAGGGUCCUGGGAAGGCUGCUGCCACUGAAGGCACCAGGGACAGCUGGCACAGCAUGUUCUUCUGGAAAUUCCUGCUUUAUGACGAUGUGAAGACAUUUGUGACCUGGUUUCAUUUUUACCUGCUUGGAAGCAAGCAGUUGCUGAGGCAGUGUGAGUGUGUAUGAAACCAGUGUUUUUCAACACUUGCAUCAUGUAAGCAGCUAAGGACAGUUGUCAGAGCAGAAACAUAA